UACGGAGGCGGCGGCUGAGUCCGGCUGCGCUCGGUGAGCCAUGUCGGCGGCGCGCGUGGACUAUAUUGCGCCCUGGUGGGUCGUGUGGCUGCACAGCGUCCCGCACUUCAGCCUGCGCCUGCAGCCAGUGGACAGCACCUUCAGCCCCCGCGACGAGAGUUAUCAGGAGUCGCUGCUGCUCCUGGGGCUGCUAGCCGCUGUCUGCCUGGUCCUGAACCUCGCCUUCCUCGCCACCUACCUGGUAUGCGCCUGCUGCUGUCGGCGGGACCACACGGCGCAGACUAAGCAGCGCAGCUCCUGUUGUAUCACCUGGACGGCUGCGGUGGCCGGGCUGGUCUGCUGCGCUGCAGUGGGCGUUGGCUUCUAUGGAAACAGCGAGACCAACGAUGGUGUGUACCAGCUGGUCUACUCCCUGGACGAUGCGAACCACACCUUCUCUGGGGUGGAUGAACUGGUGUUCGAGAAUACCCAGAGGAUGAAGAUGGACCUGGAGCAGCACCUGGCCCGGCUCAGCGAGAUCUUUGCUGUCCGGAGUGACUACAUCCAGGUCCUGAAGUUCAUACAGCAGAUGGCUGACAGCGUCGCUGCCCAGCUGUCCAAGCUGCCUGUGUGGACGGAGGUCACAGUGCAGCUGACCGAGCUGUCGGAGCAGACCUCCUACGUGGAGUACUACAGGUGGCUCUCCUACCUCCUGCUCUUCAUCCUGGACCUGAUCAUCUGCCUCGUCACCUGCCUGGCCCUGGCCAAACGCUCCAGAUGUCUCCUUGCCUCGAUGCUGUGCUGUGGGGCGAUAACGCUGCUCCUCAGCUGGACCUCCCUGGCGGCCGACACCACUGCAGCAGUAGGCACCAGUGACUUCUGCAUGGCCCCCGACAUCUUCAUUCUGAACAACACACAGAGCCAGAUCAGCACAGAAGUGGCCCGCUACUACCUUUACUGCAGCCAGAGUGUGAGCAGCCCCUUCCAGCAGGUGCUGACUGUCUUCCAGCGCUCGAUGACCUCCAUGCAGAUCCAGGUCACCGGGCUGCUGCAGGUUGCUGUGCCCCUCUUCCCCACGGCAGAGAAAGAUCUCCUGGAUAUCCAGCUCCUGCUGAACUCCUCAGAGAGCAGCCUCCACCAGCUGACAGCCAUGCUGGAUUGCCGAGGGCUACACAAGGACUACCUGGACGCCCUCACUGGCAUCUGCUAUGAUGGCAUCGAGGGCUUGCUCUUCCUCGGCCUCUUCUCCCUCCUGGCCGCCUUGGCCUUCUCCGCUCUGAUCUGUGCGGGGCCGAGGGCCUGGAAGCACUUUACCAGCAGGGACAGAGACUAUGACGACAUAGAUGACAACGACCCGUUUAACCCCCAAGCACGGCGCAUCGCAGCCCACAACCCCCCGCGGGGGCAGCUACACAGCUUCUGCAGCUACAGCAGCGGCCUGGGCAGCCAGAGCAGCCUGCAGCCCCCCAUGCAGACCAUCUCCAAUGCCCCCGUCUCGGAGUACAUGAACCAGGCCAUGCUCUUUGGUGGGAACCCUCGCUAUGAGAACGUGCCACUCAUCGGCAGAGGCUCUCCUCCACCCACGUACUCCCCCAGCAUGAGGGCUACCUACAUGUCCGUGGCAGAGGAGCCCUUGAGGCCCUACAGCGGUGAGUUUCCAGCCUAGAGGACUUCUGGAUUCCUGUUGCCUCCUUCCUGUUUGGUUUCUAACAGAUACACCACAAGCUGCGUUUCUCUAAUGGAAACCAAAGGCACCCAGAGACUGGCAGGCUGCUGUGGUGAGGCAGAGCUGAGACUCCUCACUGAAGUCUCAGGUGGCUGGAAGCCAUGACCCAGUGGCCUCUCCCCCAUCCCGCUGUCCACCCCAGGGCACCCCACCCCCACCAGGUGGGGAACAGCCCCCAGGAGGGAGGCACCCAGAUGCCGCCAGCCUGAGAGCUGCAUUCUCUUGGAUCCCAACACCAAGACUGCCUCUUGUUACGUUGGCCAAAAGCCCAGACAACAUCGUCGCCGCCCUUCAUUUCAUAGCAGGUGACAGUGGGAAGGGCCCCUCAGGAGUGCGCUUAUGGGAGACAGUGGCCCUGCCGAGUCCAGAGCACUGUCCACAUCUGAGUUCCUGGGCCCCAUGGACUCUACCUGGGCCUCAGAGACCUGAGGUCAGGUGGCUUCUGUAGCCCGGGACUGGUGGUCCGGGAGGACAAAGACUGCUGCAUUCUGCUCAUCCUCCUGUCCCCAGCUGAUGGUCUCAGGUAUGGACAGACACUUCAAAAAUGACUUCACUCUUUUUCCUAGCGUUUCCAAACAGUUUGAUGAUCCAAAGAAUCUCCGCUUCCAGCGUAGCCAGCUUUUGCUGUAGAUUUGGUGCCCAUUCCUGAAGCUGGUUUUAAUACUGCUAGUUCAGAGUUUUGCUGGCACCAGCCAGUUUAUUACAGAUCUGGAGUGGAGGGAAGGAACGGAGUUUUAAAUAAAAUGAAGGGUCAUGAAGCAUCCUGCCCCAAGGGUGUCUGACUCUGUCCUGUUUACAAGAGAGCCCUAUAAGCAAAAUCAAAUCCUCUCCUCCAGAGAACAGCAGAAUGCCCAAGACAGCUGUCCCUUCCCUUUUGUUUCUGAGUUUGUCAUCCAAGCUUUUAGCAAGAUGAUGCAGCUUGUUACAAGGACAGGCCUUCUUGCUGCCUACGCCACUGUGCUGUCCCCAUGCCAGAGUCCUGGACCCUGACCUGCUAGGGGAGAAGUAGCUCAUCGACCAGGAGGACGUUAUGAUAUCUGUCUUGCCCAGCGCGGGGGGUCAGGGUAGGCUCUGUGGUGCUUCCAGCCUCCUACCAACCCACGGUGCACACCACUGAGCCCACAGCCUUCCAUGCCAAGCACUGUGUGGCUAGUGGCUUGGGACAAGGAUUUGGCUUCCAUUUGGAGACGACACAUGCUGACAGCAGAGUCUCCGAGACAGAGUUGGGCCAUGGGCACCCGGGACUCGCUGUCUGACCCAUACUAACCUCAACAUCCCGUGAACUGUAAACCCCUUCAUGUGGCCAUGUCACAUGCAAAUAGCCCUGUGACAUCAUUGAGGUGUCCUUUCUAACAUUUUCAUUAUUGGCAACCUAAGGGUUGUUUUUAAUACAUGUAAACUAAACUCAAAUUGCCCAGGUAUUCCUGGAGGAGCCAGGGGGACAAGCCUGUGUGACCCAUGUACACCCUCACCUGGGAAAGAAAUAAACCACUUGUA